GGAUGCCACCAGUAGCAGACUGUCCAUAGGAUAGAAGUGCAUGGGCAGACUUAUAGACGUUUAGUUUAUUCUACCUCAAUUGUGUAAAACUAAAUUAGAGUAGGCCUAUGUUGUGAAAAUGUGCAGAAAGAUUUUGCACGUGUGUAGUAUGCGGAAGGUCAUUUAUUUUGAUAAUAGUUAAUGAUUUUUAUGAAAUCUACGGAAGUUGGGAACCAGAAAAUGGAGCGCAAACCUGAAGAAACAUUACAAGAGUGAACAUGAAACGUUGAUCUCCACCGUCGGCACAAACAAGUAAAGCUGUCUUUAUGGAGUUUCAAAAUGACAUUUUCUAAACUGCUGAACGAGAGCAAUGAUGAAUUCUCAUCGGACGAGGCGCUUAACUCGUCUUUACCACAGCAACAUCUUUCCAACAUCAGCAACGGCACCUGUGUGAACAUCACCCUCGACUCGCAAGUUAUAGGUGUGGGAAUCUUUCUGGCCGUUUUCAUACUAGCGGCGAUCGUCGGGAACAUUUUGGUCAUUCUUUCGGUGCUGUGCAACAAACAUUUGCAGACGGUCACAAACUUCUUCAUUGUCAACCUCGCCAUAGCGGACCUGCUGCUGAGCAUCAUCGUCCUGCCGUUCUCCGCGUCUCUGGAGGUGUUGGGAUGUUGGGUGUUCGGUCGCAUCUUCUGCAACAUUUGGGCAGCGGUGGAUGUCCUCUGCUGCACGGCGUCGAUCUUAAGUUUGUGCAUUAUAUCCAUAGACAGGUACAUUGGGGUGAAAUACUGCCUAAAAUACCCCACUAUCAUGACUGAAAGGAAGGCAGGUGUCAUACUGGUGGUGGUUUGGGUAUCUUCAAUGGUUAUUUCAAUAGGACCCCUGUUGGGUUGGAAGGAGCCUCCACCUUUAGACGAGAGCAUCUGCAGCAUCACGGAGGAACCGGGUUACGCGCUGUUCUCUUCUUUAUUCUCCUUCUAUCUUCCGCUCAUGGUGAUUUUAGUCAUGUACACUAGAGUGUAUAUCGUGGCCCGCAGGACUACAAAAAGUUUGGAAGCGGGGGUAAAACGGGAGAGGGACCAUUCAAUGGAGGUGGUGUUGCGGAUACAUUACCGGAGCGCGCCGGACGACGCGAGCACCAGCUCCAAAACCAAAACCCAUCCGUUCAGAAGUUCACUGUCCGUGAGACUCUUGAAGUUCUCCAGAGAGAAGAAGGCUGCUAAAACCCUCGCCAUCGUCGUGGGAAUGUUCAUUUUUUGUUGGCUACCUUUUUUCUUCGUUUUGCCUUUGGGUUCCUUCUUCCCAGCCCUGAAGCCGUCUAAAAUGGUGUUCAAAGUAAUCUUCUGGCUGGGCUACUUCAACAGCUGCAUCAACCCGAUAAUCUACCCCUGCUCCAGCAAAGAAUUCAAGCGCGCCUUCACCCGGCUCCUGCGCUGUCAGUGCCAUCGUCGCCGUCGCAUCAUCCGGCGUUUCUACGACCAACGCUGGAGAACGGCCAUGAGGGGAGCCAAAAGUGACCCUCACAGGGACUACUGCUCUGGAUUUCCCUUCCACGAGCAAUGUGGAAACUCCAUCUAUUCCUGCCAGAGCAAGAGCCGGCCUCUUAGCUUGAAGAGCUGGAGCUUCUUUCCGCCCUUGCAGAAGUCCUCCUUCCAUCUGAAGGAGAAAAUGAACAACCUUUCCAAUAAAAUCAAGAACGGGACGGGGAAGAGCGGCACGUCUGCUCUGAGCCGCCCGGAGAUCAACACGGUCUCCAUGGGGAUCUAUAAUGACUGCGGUGAUCAGAGCGGCUACCAGAUCUAUGACCUCACAGAAUGCUACUGCCUGAAGGAAACAGACAUCUAAACAAAGACAAAGAUUGCUGUCUGUGUUCCCCAGGCAAAUAUUUGUCUCUAGGAUAUUUUUUCAAUAUAUCAUUUUUGCUCAAAGACCUGCAUUCUUGUUAUGUCUUAAUAUACUGGCUUUGACUCUUUGAAGCAAAUCUGAGGAUUUAUAAGUGAGAAAAGUACACUGAAUGUCAAAAUAAGGACAAAUGAAGUAACUGCACUGGACCAGAAUAUAGACUCAUAGUUGCUGGGUUUGUGUAUACUGUGUUGUCCGUGUGGCCUUUGAGUUAUAAGCUGUCAAAUGUCCAAAUGCCCUGAUAACCUACAACGCUGAAGUUUUAAUGUUUGAACUGUUACAAAGAAUUACUUUGACGUGUUGACCAUUAAGUAUGAAUGGAAAACAUUUGAUAUGACAAUAUUGAAUCCAUUAUACUGAUUACUACGGACAAAAAUGAUUCACUGUGAUUCACAUGGUGGAAGUCACUUUAAUGGAUUCAGUGGAUUCUUCAUAACUUUGAAUGCGAGGCACAAUUUGUAACAGAUGUUUUCAAAGGGUGGUUAAAAAACGUGUGCUAUUCGUGCAUCUCUCCAUUGAACCAUGAGACAAGAAUAAAUCUGUCAUUCACAAAAGGACCGACAGUUCCUCCUCGCUCCAGGACUACAACUCAGCUUUUGUGUUGUUGAGAAAUUAUUUGGGUUUCUUUGUAAUGCCGAUGUGAUGAUGUCUUUCAAUGUCAACUAUUAAGCAGAAUAAACCUGAACAAGAGCACGCAGAAUGGUGAUCUCAUACUCGCAUCUCAUGAAUCCUCAGAAUCUUUUUUUUUUAUCAUUGACUCUCACGUCAUUCCAAACCUGUAUAACGUUUUUGAGACAUUUCUCAAAAUAUCUUCUUUUGUGUUUCACAGGUUUUUAAUGACAUGAGGGCAAAUAAAUGACGACAGAAAAGGGUUUUGUGAACCGGUAAACCUAUCACCUUAAUUUCGCUGUUGUGAACUUUAUACUUUAUUAUUUGUGUCGGUUUUGCUAACCUAAGCAAUUUCAGUAGAAAAAUCAAAGUUGAUACUUAAAUUAAGCAUAACUGAUAAAUCCGUUACAUCAUCUGAGCAAUAAAAUUUUCCCCUGGGCUGCGGAGACCAACCAAUUUGAUGCUACACGUUAUCUUACCCAUAAAAAGAUUACUUCGCCCCAAAAUUUAAAUCCAUGCAAAACCAUCAUUAAAGUGUCAUAAAAGUGUCAUAAACGUCAUCCAUAUAACUUAUGCAAUAUAAAAGUCUUCUGAAGUCAUGAAAGCUUUAUGAGGGUCUGCUUUAUGAACUGCUAAUCUUCACAUUAAUCCUCACCAAGGACAGUUUAUGCUCAGUGUUGGUUUAUUCCUCACAUAAGCAUCACAUGGCUUGUGUGUUUCACAUUAGAAAAAAAGUCGUACAGGUUUUAGAAGAACAGGAGGUUGAGUACAUAAUGGCUGAUAAUGACGAAAUGCUACAACGGCCAGUAGAGGUCACUGUUAUAAGAAAUCGAAUGUCAAAAUCGCUUGACAGCUUUUGUGAACAAGCAAAACCAUCGGGACAAGUUCUGGGAAAAGAGCUCUGAAUAUGUUUUAAUACAAAAGUGAGAGAGAGUGGGUUUAUGACUUGUAAAUUAUAUUUAAAGCUCUGCAUGGUUGAGUUCCAAGUGAUUUCCUUUUCCAUUUAAGAUUUCUAAGAAUGUACUGAAAAGCAAAUCAUGCUGAGAUCUUGUCCUCCCCGGUUUCCUGUGGAUUGCAGAACACUCACAUCAAUGAUUAACAGUUGUUCAUGGGUUUCUUAAGUUUUUUUUUGUUUGUUUUGAAUAAAAAUUCUUACAUGUUCAUGUUCAAUAAACAAUUCCCAAUGACGUUAACUGUAGUCAUUCUGAAUGCAUUUCAGAGAAAGUCACAUUUUUACAAUUAUUGUAUUGAUUUUUACUAUAAAUAAAUCUCGUCCCCUUAUUAAAUUAAACUGCCUGCCUUUCUAUGGGAGCAGGCCAACUGUUGCAAGUUCCCCGUCAAGCUUUUACAGAAUUUUAGUGUUUUAUUUAGAAGAAUUUUCACAUACAAAUGCAGUUAAACAAUAGCAUGUCAUUUUUAUUAAACAUACACUUCUUUUUCUCUGGCGCCCCAGCUGCCGACAAAUUUAAUUAUUUGAGUUUUUUUUGUUGUUUUAUGCGUUUUAAAAUAUCAAGAAGACGUGAGCACACCCAAGAUUUAUCAUAUGUUCUCACACAUAUUUCAGCUAUGACUGUGAUUUUCAACAGGUCAAGGGUGUUAAUCUGAGACAAGGGAGGAUGUCUUUAAUAUGGGUCUGUUGAUAGGCAGCAUAAGUGCACAGGCUAAGUGACUUUUUUGAGCCUGAAAUAGCAAAAAAUGUCCUGUUCCUUGGUUAUUGUGUUUAUCAUCCCAUGCAUCCCAUUUCGUUAAAAAUACCAGAACUCAUUCUGCAAGUGUGUUUGAAUUGGAUUAUGAAAUGUUUACCAUAACAUUUAUGAAAUAUGUAUAUGAAAUAUGAAAUGUUUACCGUAACCACAACAGCUUGUACUUGUAUCUACGGAGUGCUCAUUAUUUUGUUAAUCCACAGUACAUUAGGUUUUAUCCGUUGAAUGGACAUUGCAACAGUGUUGACAAUAGCAAGAAAAAAUUGCUCUGGAACACCAAAACUGUGACAAAUAUUAAAUCCAGACCAGACAUCUACAGUAAUUUAUUCAUUGCAAACAUACAUUUUUCGAAGAAAAGCAACAUAUUUUUACAGAAUGGUCACCCUUGACGUUUGCGUGCAUUUUGUUGUUCAUCAUGUCACCUAAAAAUGUCCUAAUGUGCUGAGAAAAAAAUCCUACUUUUUCAUUUUAUAUUGGCAUGUUACUGGCAAACUGUGUUUGGAAUAAUGUGUUUACAGGUUGUGAUAAUCUUUGAAUAAACAUCAUUUUGCUUUU